AUGGCAGACGCACACCCGGACAGCACGACCACACCCAGCGCCGACAGCGCCCCUGUCGAGCCUGCGACUGCGAACGCAGGUCCGCCGCGCCCCCCACCGAGCCCCACCCUCGCCCAGAGACUCGGCCUCCUCGUCGUGCGGAGAGCGAGGGCUGCCGCACAGUCCACCGACCGCAGCCUCCUCCGCCUCUCGGCCCUCCUCUGCACGCCCAAUGGCAUCGACACCGUUCUGUGCACGACGGGCUACACCCUCACCCUCGUCUACGCCCUGGGCCAGCGAGUGCUCGAGAAGCAGCUCGCCGCCGUGGCAGCAGACGUCGCGGACAAAGCGUCCGCCGUCCUGCUCCCGGGCGAGACGCUGAUGGCCACGCUGCCCGCCUCGCCGAGCACGAGGCUCCUCGCGCAGACGGUGGGGUCGUCCAAGGCGAUUGCACACCUGAUUGCAGACUACCGCAUCUUCGUGCGCAUGUGGGGCGUGCUGGGCCUGUACACCUGGGCACGCGACACGUACCUGUCGCCGCUACCAAAGGGCGCGAGCCAGAGAGCCAAGCUGCUGCGGGGGACGACCUGGGCGGCCAUUGCGUCGUGCGUCGUCUUCCAGGUCCUGGAGAACGCCGCGUACGCCGCGUCCAAGGGCAUGCUCACCACGGAGGCCUGGACUGGCGACGCCGGAAAGAGACGCGAGGCCCGGUGCUGGGUCUGGAGCUCGCGAUUCUGGGCCGCCUACGUCGGCUGCGAGCUGCUGAGGCUGGCCAUCGAGCGCGCGUACCGCGAGCCGCGUGUUGAAGGGGUUGGUGACGGCGAGAAGGAAGACAAGCUGAGGGCGGAGCAGGAGAGGAGCGAGGCGCACAGCCACAGCUUCACGUGGUGGAAGGAUCUCAUCAGCAACGCUGCCUACGCGCCCAUGACGCUGCAUUGGUCGAUCGAGGAAGGCCUGCUGAGCGAGUUGCAGGUCGGCAUCUUCGGCACCGUCGCGGGCGGCGCACUGCUGGCCGAUGCGUGGAGGCGGACAGCGUAG